CAGCAAUUCCAGUGCUCCGUUGCUGAGUGAACAUCUUUUCCUGGGGAAUAGACGAAUAACCACACAAUCGUACUGCACGACUCAACCGGGCAAUGAAAUCACGUUUCCUGAUGUAUUCGGGCGAAAACGUAACUUGCAGCAAACACUUUUGUUUAAUAACCCUAUCUACGAUCGAGAGCACUGAACGCGUCUUCAACAGAUUUACAUCAUUGAAGGCCAAAUCAUCGAACUGCUGCUCCCCUUCAUCCAUAACAAUUUCUCUGUCGACCGAGUUUCUUUCAGUUUACACAACUUGCUCUAUAUGCCUCCGAAAGGUCAGGAUCAAUCGAAAAAAGCGGCAGAAAAACAAAAGCAGAAAAUUGUUGAAGAUAAGACGUUCGGUUUGAAAAAUAAAAAAGGGGCCAAACAGCAGAAGUUUAUUCAGCAAGUACAAAAGCAGGUUGUUCAGGGGAACAAGUCGGCCAAGGAACUCGAACGACUGCAACGAGAGAAAGAGGAACGCAAGGAAGAGAAAAAGCGUGAAAAGGCUGAGCUUAUCGAGCUCUUUAAACCUGUGGCUGAGCUUCAGAAGUGUGCCAAAGGUGUCGAUCCGAAGUCCGUCCUUUGCGUUUAUCAUAAGCAGGGUCUGUGUACCAAGGGAGAGAAAUGUAAAUUUUCGCAUGAUCUGGCUAUUGAGAGAAAGGGCGAGAAACGUGGGAUGUACAUAGAAGAAAAGCAGGAUGAUUUAAUGGAUGACUGGGAUAUUGAAAAGUUAGAACAGGUUGUUUCGAAAAAACAUGAAGCUACCAACAAAGGUCUUCCUCCUUCAACAAUAGUUUGCAAAUAUUUUCUAGAUGCGGUUGAGAAUUCCAAGUACGGUUGGUUUUGGGAAUGUCCAAAUGGUGCUCUCUGCCAUUACCGUCACGCACUCCCUGUCGGAUUUGUUCUCAAGAAGGACCGGAAAAAGAUGGAGGAACAAAAGGAAACAAUCUCCUUGGAUGAUCUGAUCGAGAGGGAGCGCCAGGCCUUGGGUCUCAAUCUUACCAAAGUAACUUACAAAACGUUUCUGGACUGGAAGAAAAGGAGGCGCGCAGAGAAACUUGAACAGUUCCGAUCGGCUAAAUUGAAGCGUGAAUCCGAUUUCAAGCAAGGUCGAAUAACUGGAAUCAGUGGCCGUGAAGUUUUCGAAUUCAACCCAACUUUGGUAAACGAGUCUGCGGAGGACGAUGCCGGGGAUGGUGGUAUGGUUUUCUGUUGCAAUCAACAAGUAGACGAAGACGAAUACACUGGUCCUCUCAGAGAAAUUGAUGGCAGCACCUUCCUCCUAGAGGAUGACCCAGCUGAACUCGGUGUUAACGGAGGCGAUCUGGAUGUGGAUGAAGAAUUGUUCACCCAGACGGAUAUGGAGGAAUUAGAGAAUGAAAUUCGCAGCAUCGAAUUCGAGCAAUGAGUUGUUUAUCAAAUCACCUAUUCCUUCUAACUUCUACCGUCAUUUUAGAUUUCAUUUCACGUGUGUGUACAUCUUGUGGUUACCUUAACCGUAUUUGUGCCUUCCAAUUCUAUUGGACCUCUUUCGCCCAAACCGUUUUGUGUCGGAUGAUUCCUCACCUGUGAAAUCGCUGUUACCAACCUCCAUAAUUUGCAUUCCUAUGUAGGCGUCUUUCAACUGCUUGAAUUUGUUGUUUUGGGGACACUAGAUUAUCUGUCCAUGCCAUUUUAUGUGAUUCAUCCGAAAUGUCGCGUGCAUCCGUUUCGAACUGCAUCAGGCAGAAUUUUACAAUAUUGAGCGGAGCAGUUAAGAAUCUGAAACCUUCUGUUAGACAUUUUUGAUUUAAGCGAAUCGGAAGUUUCGAGAUUCCUUACCUUAGACGUAAAGUGACCCCGUUAUUGUAAGUAUUGCAUGACACAAGGUGUUCCGAGAUUACUCUAAUGCACACCUCAACAUGAUGACUUCAACACCAGCCGUCACAGCCUAAGUGGCUUUGCGCUUCAACCUUGGCAUCCUGCAGGAACGAG